AUGUAUAUUGGGGAAAAAGCUGAUGCAAAGCAGCAUGGACAAAGUGACUCAGGAUAUGGUCCUACAUGUAGGUACAGUGUUCGCAUGCCAGAAACCUCUUGGUACACAGCUUAUGAUGUUUGUGAACAGAAUAAUCAGAUACUGACUGAGAUUACCUCCCUCUCUGAGAUGUAUAUCAUGGAGGAUUUACUCAGUGACGUGGACAGUCUUUUUUUUAAUCCAAUCAAUGUGUCUGUUGGGUUAUGGAUCGGAGGAUUUAUGCGCACUUCAAACAAAGAGAUUUUGAUGCGAGAUUGUAAAUCCAUGAAUUCCUUAUCAGCAAUACAUAAACCUGAAGAGAAAUUUACAGAAGAGAUUGUUUGUCUGUACUAUAAUAGAACAGCAAUGAAAAUCUACACAGACAACUGUAAGAAGACGAAACCCUUCAUUUGCGAAAGAAAAGAAGAAGAUUGUUACUGGGUGCCUACAAGAAUAUAUCGAGUUAGUCAAUCUCAUAGACAGUGA